AUGGCGCCUAUACAUCGACUCUUCUCAUCGGCCAACAACAAACCCUACAGAACCACCGAACUCGAAGAUGAAAACCCUCCUUACCUGAACGAGGAUGGGUAUAUCGACUUUUCGCCUGGAGAUGUUCGCAACCCACACAACUGGAGCACCCCUAGACGAUGGGCAGUUACCUUUUCUGCUGUGCUGCUCGUCCUCAAUGCUACUUUUGCUUCGAGCUCUCCGAGUGGUUGCUUCCCAUCUAUGGCUAGACACUUUGGUGUGUCUGAGUUAGCAGCUGGUCUAACCAUCACUCUAUUCCUCCUUGGAUAUUGUGCUGGACCACUUAUCUUUGCACCACUUAGUGAAGUAUACGGACGACGAUGGGUCUUCUACAUCACCUUUACUCUGUACCUCGUCUUCAACUUCCUAUGUGCCUGGGCACCCAACUUUGGUGCACUCCUCGUCGGCCGUUUCCUUACUGGAACCUUUGUCUCCGCACCCCUUAGCAAUGCACCAGGUGUCUUAGCCGAUCUCUGGUCCCCUCUUGAGCGCGGCAAUGCUAUGGCUGGAUUCUCUGCCAUGGUCUGGGUUGGACCGGCUUUGGGUCCUGUCAUUGCAGGUUUCCUUGAGCUCAAGAAAGAUUGGCGAUGGAGUUUCUAUGUGCUGCUCUGGCUUGGUGGUGCGACCGCCAUCAUCAUGCUGACUAUCCCUGAGACCCAUGCCCCGACACUUCUCAAGAAGAAGGCUCGAAGAAUUCGAAAGGCAAAAAUUCCUGGAUACGAGAAUGUCAAGUCCCAGACCGAGGACACAGAUCAGUCUUUGUCAACCAUAUACAAAACUGCGCUUACUCGACCAUUCGUCAUUUUCUUCGAUACCAUCUCCUUCCUAUGUGCCGUCUACAUGUCGGUCGUUUACACAUUGCUUUACAUGCUGUUCAGUAUUUACCCCAUCGUGUUCCAGGAGAAACGAGGUUGGAACAGUGGUGUGGGAGAGCUUCCCUUGAUUGGCACCGUCAUAGGCGCUUUCAUUGGAGGUGGUGUUGUCUUGGUUGAUACACGCAUUCGAAAGAAGAAGAUCGAACAAGGCGGCAAAGAGAUGGAACCAGAAGACAGAUUGCCAUUAGCCAUGAUCGGAGGUGUUGGGUUUGCUGUGACUAUGUUCUGGUUUGCAUGGACGGCCGAGUAUAACUCCAUCCAUUGGAUCGUACCGACAAUUGCAGGAACCUUUCUUGCUACAUCCCUGAUGCUCAUCUUUGUCGCCUACCUGACAUACCUCGUUGAUGUCUAUCUUAUGUACGCAGCUUCAGCCAUUGCAGCCAACACCAUAGCACGAUCAGCAUGUGGUGCUGCCGCUCCCCUGUUUACCAACCAGAUGUUUGACGCCCUUGGCGUCGGCGGUGGUGGUAGUCUCAUUGGCGGUGUUGCUACUAUCUUGGCUGUCAUCCCGUUCUUGUUCUACAAGUACGGCAAGCAGAUUCGAGUCAGAAGCAAGUUUGCACCUACCAAGAAUAAGAAGGAAAUGAAGGAGAAGGACGAGGAGCAAGGCAGUGGUAAUGGUAACGGUCGCGGCAACAGACAGAACAGUGUCUUGUCUGAUGACACUGGCUCGGAUACUACGGUAGCUGCAAGAUAG